AUGCAAAUUAUAAACCGCGAGCACCCGACCUUGGUGACGAACAUCGAGGUCUAUCACAUACUGCGGCAUCGGUAUUACCGCCAGGCCACUGGCUCUGCAGAAGGUGGCCUCUUUAAGAAGCAGCUGGCUAUGGAGCUCCAGAUGCAUCACUAUCUCAAACCGAAAGUCAAGCAUAUUACCAAGGAAAUGCUUAUCCGAUUAUGGAACUACCUAGGACCAGAAAACCAUUUUACAGACCUCCACCGCUUCCAGAUUCUCAACGACAUACCGCAAAGCCCUGCAGAGCUCUCUGCAAUUCUCCAGGACUCUGACUACUUUACUGAGGACCGCAUAGAAGAGGCGUUUGCGUACCUCAGUCAGUUCCUGAAAUCCCCUGAGCCCGCUACGCACUAG